UUUGAUUCCUUUUUUUGUUUCUCUUCUCUUGCAGUUAAGAUCCUCCUCUUCUAUGUCAUCUUCUACGGCUGCCUGGCAGGUAUAUUCAUUGGGACCAUCCAAGUGAUGUUGCUCACUGUCAGCGAAUUUGAGCCCAAAUACCAGGAUCGAGUGGCACCUCCAGGACUGACUCAGAUUCCCCAGGUACAAAAGACAGAAAUCUCCUUUAGUGCCUCCGAUCCCAAAAGCUUUGAGCCGUAUGUGAAGAACCUUGAGAAGUUCUUAAAGGACUACAGUGCUGAUCAGCAAACUGAAAGCAUAGUAUUUCAGGACUGUGGGGACAUACCAACUGAUUACAAAGAGCGAGGACCAUAUAACGAUGCCCAGGGCCAGAAGAAGGUCUGCAAAUUCAAACGUGAAUGGCUGGAAAACUGUUCCGGAAUAAAUGAUCCCACCUUUGGGUACAAGGAUGGCAAACCAUGCAUCCUCGUCAAGCUCAACAGAAUUAUUGGCUUCAAACCUAAGGCUCCGGUAAAUGAGAGCCUCCCUCCAGAGGUUAUGGCAAAAUAUAACCCCUAUCUCAUCCCUGUCCACUGUGCUGCCAAGAGAGAGGAAGAUGCAGACAAAAUUGGCACAGUGGAGUACUAUGGGAUGGGCGGCUAUGCUGGCUUUGCCCUGCAGUACUACCCCUACUACGGGAAGCUCCUGCAGCCGCGGUACCUGCAGCCACUGGUGGCCGUGCAGUUCACUAACCUGACCUACGACAUGGAGGUGCGUGUGGAAUGCAGGGCCUACGGGCAAAAUAUCCAGUACAGUGACAAAGACCGCUUCCAGGGACGCUUUGAUAUUAAAUUUGACAUAAAAAGCAGCUGAUUGUAAGCACAACUGUCUUCCCCCCAACCCCGCCCCCCUAGCCAUUUAAAAAGGUUAAAAAAAAAAAAAAAAAAAA